AUGGAAAUAGGUUUGCUUCUCAUUCUUCAAGAUCAAAACGGAGUAUCCCAUCGUCAGAAGCCAAUCACAUUCACUGAUGAGGUUUUUUAACAAUCAUAUUCUAACUAAUUUGAAUGUUUGUUUUAGACGACAAUCAAAGAGUUGAGCGAGGCAAUCAAUUCCUUUUGGUUUAUUCAUCAAAAUUAUCAAGAAUUAUAUCACAACGGGAAGCAGAUUAUAUCGCUAAAGUCUACAUUAAAACAAAUUGGUGUGAAGGACGACGACGAGAUUGUGAUCGUAAGUGUUUUUAUUAUUAUUUUUGUUCAUUUAGCAUUGCUAAGCCAAAAUUAUAUCAAAGGUUUUUUAUUGGAUAUACGUAGAUCUUUUCAUGGGUAAAUUUGACGAUUUUUGAGAUUCAAAAAGUGCUUAAUUUUUAUAUACAUAGCUAGCGGAUUCUGUAAAAUUGCUCUCGAGUUGAAUAAAAUUAGUAAAAUUGUUAAUUUUCAGAAACAUUCUGAACUUUCACGGUGGACUGCGUACAAAAAAUGUCUGGAUUUGGUGCUAAAGAAGACCGAUGACAAAAAAGCAAAUGCAAGAGAUGCUGUCAGACAUCACGAACUUCUGAUGAAAUGUGGAUUCUUCGAUGCCUACCUUCAAUUCGACGACUAUCGAAAACAAAAACAUUCUAAAGUCGCCUCUUGGACCGAUGGGGACAUCAAUUUGAUUCGUGAUGCGGCAGAACAAUACUUCCACCGUCUUCAUGAUCUGAAGAGAGGAAACCAAGAAUCCGAUUUUAUUUGCAACUUCGAAGACCAAGAUCUCGAAUUAGGAGGCAGAUCUACUAGUACACUGGCAUUUGUUCGGAUCCAUGGUGAAGACUUCGUUUCGAAGUUCUACAUCAAGUAUGUUUUCGAUUCAUUCAUUCAAGAUCCGUUUUUGUUUUUUCCUAUUUUAUUUUUAUCGAAAUCAAGAUUGAUCUGUAAUGUUCAGAUGUCACCAUUUUGGACCAAAAGACACAAGCUCGGGCCAGCCUCCGGACAUCAACGAACUAUACUGCUACAAGCUGUUGGAGCUGAUCGCCGUCGGACCAACAUGCCACAUUGUUCCACCCAUCAUCACUUCUGGAACAAAACAAGCGUGUAAGGAUAUAUACAUAUUAGUAACAAGUAGCAAUAUAGUAUAGAAAGUGACAUACAUACCUAUGCAUUUGUAGGUACAUUGCUACAAAAUGGGACGACAAUUUUAAACUCAUGGAGCACGUUAUCCAAGAGAAUGGUCUUACCGCUGAUUUAGCCGUGCAGCUGGUUUUGCUGCGGGUGUUAUUAUUUAUUGCUGAUCUUCAUCUACAAAACUGCGGUUUGUUUCAAAGUCUGAAAACCUGAAUAUUAUUGAUUUAUUAAUUUCAGGGGUCUGGAAAGGGACCAAUAACAUUGCGAUUGUUGACUUCGCACCGGAAAAUGAGAUUACAGUUCAUGAUGACAUCAAAGCCCAACUGUUUACAACUUUUCCACAUUCAAGAUGGAAAGAAGAGUUCAAAGCAGUGAAAAAUAAAUUGGACGACAACUCAUGGUUGAAGAUAGCCAAACAGAAUUUGGAUAAGUGGGGUUUGUCUCGUAAGAUCGAACUGGCUCAAGAACAACUCGAUCCCACAAAAGACGUUUUAAAAGGAAUAGAACUUGGCUUUAAGAAGCGGAAAUUAUGCUAUAGUCCCACAGAUCAACUGAAGCAAUACGUCGAUAUAUUGAACAAGAAUUUAGAAAAUCUUCAAAUUGUUUUGAAUUCCACUGUUCACUAA